AUGAAACUCUCCCCCUCCCUAACCCUCCUCACAACCCUCUCCCUUCAACUCAUCACCACCACCGCCCACCCCCUCGAAACGCGGAAUGUCCCGGGUAUCCUCAAAGAAUUCGCCCUAAUCGACGAAAACCUCAUCCUCCUCGACAAAGCCGUCAAACUCUACGAACCCCAAAAGGACGAUAAACUCGGCCUCGAACAAAAGCACACCAACGUCGAAAUAUCCAUAAUCAAAUCCAUGAAUGCCGUGCAUGCCUCCACCCCAUUCAAGAAACAGGAGAGUUCCAUCGUGGCGAAUGUGGCUGUGAAAAUGCAGUCUGUUUGGGUGGAGUAUUUGCAUGAUAUUGUCGUGAAGAGACAUGAGUUUGAGAAAGCGAAGAUUGCGGAUCGGAUUCAAGAACAUAUUAGGGAUUUUAGGGAGAGAUGUCAUGGUCUUGCUGCGUCUAUAGAAGAGAAGCUGAAGCCGGAGGAUAGGGAGACUAUUGUAAAUCGGAAUCGUCAGUUGGAUCAGGAGUUUGAUCGUACUAUUCAGGCGUUUGAUUAG